GAUGAUGCUGAAGGGAUCUUCUCGCUCUCUCUCGCUCUAUCUCUCUCUUCAUUCUUUCAGAAGUAUGUAGUUAAAUGUUUGGGGCUGCCCCCCACUUAAAGAGGCAGUAAGCAGUAUAUUUAUGAUCUCCCUCCCUCCUCCCUGAUUUCCUGAUAGGUUGCUUGUGUGGUUGCUGUUGUUCUGAGAGAGCCUUGUGAGAGGUUAGACUGGAGCUGUGAGAAGCAGCUAGGGCUGGAAAAAGUGACAAAAGACUCAGACGCACUGCUUCCUUAGAAAAAACUCCUUUGCUGCCAAGGCUCUGUAAGAGCUGGGUGUGUGUAAAUGGGGGGGAGGGAGUGUAGGGGUGUGUGUGUGUGUGUGUCUGUCUGUCUGUGUCGUUACUCAGGAAGUCUGAAGAGAAGAAAGGGAUGAUAAUGGUAGAAAAGCAAGUCUGGACUAAGUUCUACUGGUGUAAUUUACCUCUGCCGCCUGGAUUAGUGACUUCUCUCUCUUCACACCCGACUAUCGUGUCGCUAUGAUGAAGAGAACUAGACAUGUCAUAGAUGAGAUCAUGCAGCAGGAGAUCAGGCCCCUGCUUGCUGUCGACAUCAUAGAGCAGCUGCAUCGGCAGUUUGCCCUGCUCUCAGGAGGAAGAGGGAAAGAUGGCGCCCCCAUCAUCACCUUCCCUGAAUACUCAGGCUUCGGCGACCUCCUAGACGAGGACUUCCAGAAUGUUGUCACAUAUCUGACUAGCAUCCCCAGUUUGGACGCUGCCAGCAUCGGUUUCGUUAUAAUCAUUGACCGCAGGCGGGACAAAUGGAGCUCAGUGAAGGCCUCGCUGACGCGGAUAGCGGGGGCAUUUCCAGGGAACCUCCAGCUGGUGUUGGUGCUGAGGCCCUCCCGUUUCUUCCAGAGGGCCGUCGCUGACAUAGGCAUGAAGCUGCACCGGGAUGACUUUAAAAUGAAGGUACCGAUUGUGAUGCUGAACUCCCUGUCUGACUUACAUGGCUACGUAGAUAAGGGCCAGCUAACAUGUGAGCUUGGUGGGAACCUGGAGUACUGUCACAGUCAGUGGAUCCACCACCGGACAGCCAUUGAGAACUUUGCUGUGACAGUGAAGACCACAGCCCAAAUGCUGCAGAAGUUUGGCACAGAUCUGUCUGAGACGGAGCUGCCUAAUGACGUGCAGUACACCAAAGACCUGCUAACUACUCACACUGAGAAGCAUGACAAACUAAAGGAUGAACUGAAAUUAGCGGUGCAACAGGGGACUACUCUGCUGGGCUGUAUCAAAGAGCAGGCCGCGAAGUCUGAGAACCACAAACUAAACCCAGACGAGAUGGAGAACCAGACUACAGUGGAAAGGUUGUUGGCCCAGCUGGAUGAGACAGAAAAUGCUUUUCAACAGUUCUGGUCCAAACAUUACCUCAAACUGGAGCAGUGCCUGCAGUUACGCCAUUUUGAACAUGACUUCCGAGAGGUGAAAGUGUCAUUGGACAGUCUGAUGGACACUCUGACUUUCCUGUCAGAUAUUGGGGACUGUGUCACCCGAGUGGAGAUGUUACUGAACGACCUCAAUACCUUAGAGGAGAAGGCUCAGGAGUCGUUAGAGAAGGCCCAGCUCCAUGCCCUACACGGGGACCAGCUGAUCCAGAGCAACCACUAUGCUGUGGACUCCAUACGGCCCAAGUGUGUGGAGCUCCGACGCAUCUGUGACAACUUCACCAAUGAGGCCAAGAAGAAAUAUGACAUCCUCUCCAAAUCAAACCAAAUACACAAAGGCAUAGACAAGGUGAACCAGUGGUGUGAGUCGGGGGUGUAUCUGCUGGCCUCUCAGGCAGUGGACAAGUGCCAGUCCCAGGAUGGAGCUGAGGCAGCGCUGCAGGACAUUGAGAAGUUCCUGGAGACGGCCAAAGAGAACCAACUGAGUGACCUCAAGAACAUCCACAACCAGUAUGAGCUAGUCCUCAACGCUGAAGUCAAGGCUAAUGUAAAGAAGGCUCUAAAAAGGUUGGACGAUGUACAGGAGAUGUUUGAGAAGAGACAGGUCAGUCUGAAGAAGCUUUCGGCCAAACAGACACGGCCCGUCCAGCCUGUGGCACCCCGGCCUGAGUCCUCUCCCAAUCGCCCCGCGCUCUCCAAAACACCCAGGACCACCGGCCCUGCCCCUGCACUCAGUCGAAGGACCUCAGAGAACUACAGUGCCACAAAGCAGCCCACGGAGGCUGAGCUCGCCAAAAAGAAAAAUUUAAGUCGCAAAGUCAAAGGGAGCCUCAAGAUUGAGGUAAUGCACGAGGCAAGCCAGGGAGGCUCCAGCCACAUCCUGGUGACGAACGAGACAGAGGAGAGUCUUUCAACCAGGCGGAGACACAUCAUGAAUGAGCUGAUUGAAACUGAGAGGCUGUACGUCGAGGAGCUGCAGAGCAUCAUGGAGGGGUAUGCUGCCGAGCUGGACAACACAGAGCUUUCCCCCCUAAUCCCUAUAGCACUGGAGAACAAGAAAGAUGUGCUUUUUGGCAAUCUCCCAGAAAUAUAUGAAUUUCACAACAGGACUUUUUUCAAAGAGCUUGAAAAUUGCAUGGAGAGGCCAGAGUUGGUGGGGACUUGCUUUUUGAACAGGAAAGAAGAGCUGCAGAUCUAUGAGAAAUACUGUCAGAACAAGCCCCGAUCAGAGGCAUUGUGGAGACAGUGUGGUGACGGCCUGUUUUUCCAGGAGUGUCAGAAGAAGCUGGACCACAAACUCUCCCUGGAUGCAUAUUUACUCAAGCCUGUGCAGAGGAUCACCAAGUACCAGCUGAUGCUCAAGGAGAUGCUGAAAUGCAGUAAGAAUCAGGAGGGUACUGCUGAGUUGGAGGAGGCCCUGGCCACCAUGCUGGACAUCAUCAAGUCUGUCAAUGACUCCAUGCAUCAGAUCGCCAUAACAGGAUUUGAGGGAAACCUUAGUGAGCUGGGGAAGCUUCUGAUGCAGGGCUCGUUCAACGUGUGGACAGACCACAAGAAGGGCCACAGCAAGGUGAAGGACCUGGCUCGCUUCAAGCCCAUGCAGAGGCACCUGUUCCUCUACAACAAGAUGCUGCUCUUCUGUAAGAAGCGGGAGGAGACCACGGACGAGAAGCCAUCCCCCUCCUAUAGCUUCAAGCACUCACUAAAGAUGAGUGCCGUGGGAAUCACAGAAAAUGUCAAAGGAGACAUUAAGAAGUUCGAGGUCUGGUAUAACGGCAGAGAGGAAGUCUAUAUUAUUCAGGCUCCCUCCAUGGAUGUGAAGAACAUGUGGGUGUCAGAGAUCCGAAAAGUUCUGACGGGCCAGCUCGAAGCUUGCAGAGAGGCUAGUCAACUCCAUCAGAAGAUCACUGAGAAUGUGUAUCAUGCUCCCAUGAGAAACAUGCGCAAAAUGGCCCUGAGGCAGUCGGACUCGUCUAGCCCGGAGACAGGCUUCAGGAGGAGCAACCCCAGCCCCAACAUGAGACAGAAACGAGCUGAGGCUUCUGCAACUAAUAACCCUGACCACAAUGCUGCUCUCGCUAGAAAGCGCUUCACCUUGCAGGGCCUCUCCAAUAGAAGGUCUCUUCCCUCAGCCGAUCCUCCAUCUAAGGUGACAGAUGUCACGCGCCGCUUCUCUUUAGCCUCCUCUAUCAGUGUCUCCGCCACCAGACGCACAAAAGGUCCUCCUUCAACUCAUGUUAAAAAGACCAAAAGACAUGAGAUAAAGAGUGAUCCAACACCAUUCGGUUAUGAAGAUACAUUACGCAGUGCUAUCCCUGCUGCGAGCAGACACAAAGGCACCACAAGCACUGAUUCAGCUGUGCCUAGGUCCACUUCUCAACCAGGCUGGACCCAACGGUGUUUGCCUUCAAUGGACACAGAGGACUUUGAAACCAUCCAUUCGAGUGCAGAGGAGCUCUCCAACUCUUCGGAUGGUGAGGACCAGUCCAGUAAUAAAAAUGGGGACAAUGAUCGCUUCCGUGUCCAGUUGACGUACGAGUCGAGGACAGCGCAGGACCUGUCUCUGGAGUCAGGAGAUUUAGUACAGUUCCUGGAUGAGGCAGAGAAUGGCCACUGGCUAGUCAAGAAUCUUAUUACUCAGAAGACAGGUCUGGUACCGCCCAGUGUACUUCAGACAGCAGCAGAAGGAGGUCACUCAUACUGUAACACUACUGAUAUCUUCAGUGACAUGUGCACAGCAGCUCUGUCUGACUCAGAGGAAAAUGAAACCAGUACGUGGGGAGAUGUAUCUCAGGAAAGUAGAUAAGCAUGAUGGACCAUUUGGCAAUGAACUUCUGGAACAUGCUGUUAGCCCAACUUGGUCAAGCUUCAAAGUGGGGGAGCAAUUUCAGCUGCUCUGCUCAGACAGAGAAAAAGCAAGUCUGAAGUCAAGUCAAUAGUGGUGUAGGUGCCCUCUGUUGUUGCUAUGCUACACUGAAAAUAAGACUUUUGCUCGGCUCAGCUACUGAGAUUAAAGAAAAUAACUUUUACCACCAUUUUGCCAUGUGUCAAACCCUGUACUUGAUUCGUGCUCUCAAAGAUAUUCUGACGUACCUUUGAUGCACACCACACUCCCUCCUGUGGCCUAAUCAAGGGUGUAUUCAUUACAUCUUUCAACGGAAACCGUUUACUGUUUAAGAACCAAACAGAAACAAACAGAAUGAAAUGGGUAGGGAAUUACCUGAAUUUGUCCAAUAGAAACUUUAGUUUUUGUUGGAAAACGUUUUGCAACAGAAUAGGCAUAAUGAAUACACCCCAGGUAACCUUUUGUGAGGAGGGUCAUCCUGAACACAGUGGGCCAGGAAGUACCACCAUGGAAACUGGAGAUCUUUCCAUCGAGGGGAAUAUGUUUGAUCUAUAGACUUAAUUGGAGACAAGCUUGAUUGUAUUCUUACCUUUUAAAAAUCCUUAAAGUUUAAAUUUCUUCAAACUUUGUUUCGUACUGCUGAAUUCCUUGCCCGUUCAGUUGUUUUAUAAAUAACUGAGGGAUUUCUCAUUUUGCAAGAUAUAUUAUUCUAUUCCCUGAACAAAAUAAAUAGCUCUUUACUUCAUCUUAUGUACAUACAUGUUAUAUAUUUCUUUUUUUUCACUCGUGUAAAAUCUGUGUAUAACUAUUCUAUAAAUAUCAAUUCCCAUCUGAUCAUUAUAUAAGUAUUCAUGCCAUCUUCUUUCAGAUUCUGGCUUGUGCCUCCCCAUUGGAUUCAUCUCAAAUCUACUGUAUGUCCUGGUUGGAAUGUAGUGAAUUCACCCAUGAAAUAGCAUCUUAUGGUUGAUUAUGAUUACAAGCAUUGAACAUAGUGCAUUGUUUGAAUAAGUUCAAUGCUAUGAUUGUAAUGAGAAUAUUCAAAUUUUACUGUACAGAAUAUUUAUUGCUAUACGCUGUGUUCCCAAUAUAUAAUGUUUCACUAUUAUGCAUAUUUAGGAACUAGCUAAGAGCCAUCAGUGAUAUGACUCAUAUGAUCCUUCAACAGUUUAUCAUCUGACUUUUGUAUAAAUAUCAGUGUUUCUAAGCCAUAGAAUGGCGUUGAAUGCCCCAGAUAUUAUAUAACAUACCUGAGAUUGUCUACGGCCACAGUAUUCCAAUCUUGAAAUAUAAAGAGCCUCAAAAAGCUGUAUUGCUACUGCAAACAUUUUUGUAUUUAUUUAUUUGACUUUUAUAUCCAGGUUAGUCAUUGAGAACCAAUUUUUUUUCACAAUAACAACAUAGUAUUCAAUUAACUUGUCGCAUCAUCUCAAUGUGAUUAGAUCUUCUCUGAAUAUGACCGUCAGGGAACAUUUCAACAGUGUUUUAACAAUUUGGGGUGUUUUAAGAAUUGGAAGACGCUGAAAGUUAUCAGCACGUUCUCAAAGGGACUGAAGACAGAGGAAACUCUAGAUGCAGUGUGGUAAAUCCUGGUGAUGGAAUGUGAAGAAGAGGUCUGGACCUUUGCAAAAAAUAUCUAAGACGUUAUGAAAUUCAGCCAAAAGGCAAAUGAAUUCCCACAAAGUAGCUGCCUUUUUAGACAGGUUUUUGACUCAAUUGUGAUGAUUUAAGGCUGUGUUAAAAUGAAAUGUCAUUAUUUAAGGUGAAAUCAGAAUAAAUCUGUGACUGUUUUUAUGAACCAUGCCAUCUAAGUGAUGUGUAAAUUAUUUUUUCUGUAAAGUAUAUGAUGGAAUACAUGUCUUGAAAGCCA